GAUUGGUCAAGAGGGGGCAGGCGCUGGGUUGUGAUUGGCUGGUGGUACGGUUUGCGGGGAGCGCAGACGGUUUUUGUCUGUUUGCGCGCCGUUAGCGGAAAACCGUUCAAAAGAUGGAGGCGGGAGAGUGAGAAUGUUAAAGUAGAGAGAGAGAGGAGAAGAAUCCGGGAAAGUGUCUGUUAGGGAGAGAGAAUCUGUUAAAGUGUGUGAGUUACAGAGAGCCGGGUCUGAGGAGCCAUGGCCAGCUCUGGGCCCGGCCCCUGGAGGAAGGAGCGCCUUUGGAGUGGGCUGUUGGCGCUGGGCUUCAGCCCGCCCGGGGAUGAGGGCCGCCAGGGGCCGAGUGGCGGCGGGAGAAACCGCGUCGUCUUCGGCAGGGAUAUGUUUGACAAACCGAACAUGGAAGCAUUUCAAGUCGUCGUGCAUUUCUUGUUCCUGCAAUUGGACCACAAUCGGACCAAUUCUCUUUUCAGGGAUUGUUGGCCUAUUUAUGAUAAGAAAAGUGCUGCAUGCUUUAGGAAAGUGUGCUUUGAGUGGAUGAAGAAAAUUGCAGACGAAGUCGGAAACAAUUUUCCUCAAGUCACAGCAUCGUUAUUUCUGUCUCCUGGAGGCCCUAAAUUUACUAACUUAAUGUACCAUUUUAUUAAAUAUGUGCUCGUGUGCAAGUUUCAUGAAGCUGCAAAAGAUAGUACCUGGAAAACAAUGACAUUCAAUGGAAAACAAGAUUCCUGUUUGUCAGCAAUGAAAAGUUGUAUUGCAGCCAACUGGUUUUUAGAAGGAAUUCAGAAAGAAGCUUUUAUUGUUGGAGAAUACAAGAGAAGGGAAGAAUUAAUGGUUAAAGAAAAUUCAAUGUUGAAGAAACAGUAUGCAGAAAUGAAGGGCCACCUGGAAAAGGUUACUUGUGGCUUUACAGAAGCACGUAAUCAGAAACCAGAAGAGCUCCGUAAAAUGUGGAAUAUUGUAACAGACACCAUGUCUGAAUUAGAAGAAGAAAAGGAAGUAAUUGAUUCAUUGUUGGAUGGCCAGAAGAUAACACAAGAAGUUUUCCCAUCAGUGCAAGCGUCCAUAGUUAAAUUGGAGGCUGCAUGGGAUAAGAAAUGGGAACAGUACUCCAGUAGAACUGGUUAUUCCCCAGUGAGAAGAAAAUAUCCUGUCCUUGAUCUCCUCCCAACUAUGCCGCCGUUGUCUUUUGAACCAUCUUCAGAAGAAGCAUACAAAAGUAGUAUAUUUUAUACACACUCUGCAACACUUCCAGGGCUUGAAGAAUCAUGUACAAGAAGUUCAAAAAAGGGUGAUAGUGGUAUAGGAAGCAUUACAAGAAGCUUUAAUGACCUAAGCACAUCAAGGUUGCAGUGUUCUGGAAGAUUCAGCAUUCCAUUUGGAGAUCCAACUGAGGAAACUCAUUUAACAUCUCUUGGAGAGGAAUCUGUUGAAAUCCCUUGGACAAAAAGACAAUGUCUUGAAAGUAAGUCGCAGAAUUCAUAUGCAAAUGCAAUGGAAAAGGAACAAAAUGAUAAAACUCCAAAUAAGUCCUAUCUGAAUAAAGCUAAAAAUCUCUCUAAGAAAGCAGAAGAAUCACUUCAGAAGGCUGUUGACCAGUUGGCAGAAGAGGUAGCAGAUACAGUCAGCAGUGAUUCACCUGGAUUAGCUAAAAAGGGAGAUGUACCCCUUGAUGACCUAUUUGUCUCACCGAGAAAUCCUUUCACUGUACAAUCGGAACUGCCAAGGACACCUGAAAAUUUGAGUAAGCCUUCUGUUAAUGGUCUUCAGUUUGUAGCAGAGACUGUCACUGAAGAAGCAUCUAGAUUAACUGAAAAGGAAGAUGUGCCCUUUGUUGACCCAUUUAUGUCAUCAAGAAAUCCUUUCACUGUACAAACAGAACUUCCAAGGACACCUGAAAACUUAAUUACAGACAUUAGGAACUCCUGGAGAUGUGCAGUUCAGGAAUCGGAACUUAAACUAAAGAAACACCAGGAAGAGUCUCUUUCAAUACAUCCAAAAUGUGGAAAUCAGACAAAUGGCCAAGUUCUGUUGGAGACUGAACUAUCUGCAUCUGCUGCAAGUCAAAAUCUGACCGGAUUUAUUAAUGAGAAUUCUCUCAAAAGCACUACUCCUCUGGCUUGUUCCAAGCAGAACAACAACUUUCUGAAAUCUGAUCCUAGAAGGGAAAAAAACAAAUUCAGGCAAAGCAAUUGGGAGGAAUCCAAAAUUGAUUGCUCAAAUGUUGAAUCAGAGGAUGAGCCACAUCACUUCAGUAAUAAAGUUGCAGAUAGUGAUGCAGCUGAUGCAUUUGUUCAUAAAAAUCAAUGUCCUCAUGAUUCCCAAAGUUUGGGUGAGGAUUGUGCCUUCGCUUCUAAAGCAAGUGCCACUACUAAUGCAACUACAACAAGUGAGACUGUUUCUGAUCACCACCUACAAUUUUUGACACUUGACAGGUUAAGUUACAAGUCUCCAAUUAAGAAGGAGAAACUGUCAAAAAGUUUUGUGAUGGAAAUGUGCAAAUAUGAUGUAACUUCAGAAAAUUUUGAGUCUUUUUCAUCCUCUGAAUGUGACUUGGACCGUACAGUACCUUGGAACAGAUCACAAAAUUUUGACAGUGAUCUCUCCAGCUCAGCAAAGCCUCUGAGGUUUGGGAUUUUGCAGGAGACUAUUCCUGAUGUGCUCGAUAAUGAAAGUUUGAACAGUUCCAGAAAUAUGGAGGUUGGUCAAGUGGAUGAUUCCUAUUUGGACAUAAAGAAUUUGCGCAGUAGAUUUGAGCAAGUAUGUAAAAGUUUGGCCACCACAGUGUAUGGUGGAAGUGAUGAAAAAUAUUUAGUUGAACAUACAGGAACUUCUGAUUUCCACAGUAACAGCAAUGGUAAAGACAAUUAUAAGCCAGAACAUGACAGUGAAAUAGAUUCAAUUGAUGAAGAAACUGGCUCGGAUAAACUUUUUUCCUUAGAAACAGAAUUUUUGAAAGAUCUUUCGCUAGUGUCUUUGGAAUUUCCUCCUUCAUUGGGAAGCUCUCUGAAUGACACAGUGGUUGAAGAUGAUCUUUUUGGCUUUUCUGAGCAUGAUCCUUCCAAUAAUGACAAAUCUCAAAAUGCUAUUGAUUGUGAAAAAUCUUCUACCAACGUGGGACAAUUAGUAAACUUCUAGUAGGGCCUGAGUGUUCUAAUAAGAACUUUAGGAAAUAGCUGAAGGAGAAUAGGAGCUCCUUGAGCCCAGUGUUUCAUCCAGUAUGAUGAUGAUUGAUUGUCUUCUGCCUUAUUGCCAUUUGACUGCCUUCCAUUUCCCUUGCUUACUUUGAGAUCUGAUAUCUUGAUCUAUCUUUAAUAUGUACAAUGAUAGAAGCAUCCCCAGUCCGGGACAGAUGGUUCCAUAGAUUCACAGUCUUUUAACUGAAGAAAUUUCCCUUAUCUCAGUUGCAAAUUAUUAAUCCCCUUGAUCUGAGAUUAUAUCCCUGUUUGUGGGUUCCCCAGCCAGUGGAAACAGCCUAUACUAUACCCCUUCAGGAAUUGUUAUUUUGCAGUUGCAUUGCGUCCCAUUCCGAGCUUGAUUGUGUAGGAACUAUUUACCACAUCAUUCAUUGUAGAUCAGUCCUGUCAUUGCAGGGACCAAUCUAAUGAAUCUUCAGCUGUACUGUUUGAACUUUGCUUAAAUUUGGAGACCCAAAAGUGUACACAGUAAUUCAGAUGUCUCACUAAAAUCCUGUGCAAUUGUAGUGAGAUCGCAGCAUUUGGUUGAUGACUAAUGUCAGAUUAGCUGGUCUGUCAUUUCCUGAUUUGUCCCUCUUUUUCUUGAAUAGUUGUGUAGAUUUACUAUCAUCUAAUUGACUGGAACCUUUCCAAAAUCUCUGGGAUUUUGGGAAAUCUUAACCAGUAUAUGCCCGAUCACUCUAGCUACCUUUUGAGGUAGGCUAAACACUAAUCUGGAACCCAAACUAACCCAGAAUGUUGGGAUGAAAGGGAAUUAACAUUGGAUGGCCCAAGUGCCCUACACUUGUUUCUUUUUUUUUAAUGGAUGGUGCAGUAUCAUUUUACAUCUUUGUUCUAAUUGAUCAAAAAUAAAAUGUAAUCUUGGAUGCACAAAUUCAAUUAAGGUCACCUCCCAUCCAAUUUCAAACAUGUAUUUAGGAAGAUGGUCAUUUUAGUAUUUGUUGGUAAUCUUUAAAAUACCACACUGGCUUGGACCUUUUGAGUUAGUUGUCUGGUAUUCAGACAGGCUAUAGGCGUAUAGAUCCAGAUUACUCAUAUCUAAUCUCUGGACAUGCUGAACACUGACAUUAUUUAAGGUUGAAAAUUUGUCCUUGGUAAUAUCAUUCUUCACAUUGGAGGUGAAUUCUAAGGAAAUCCAAACAUUUUGCAACCAUUUGUCACUUUCUUGGUCCCCACUUCUAGAUUUUGUAUGAUUUAACUUUUGUACUUGUAAUUAAAUAAUAAAUAAAGCAUUUUAUAGCUUAUGAAA